GUCCCACUCCCAGAGUUGGGCAAACAGUUGUGAACUGAUUAUUCGAGACAGAAACUUCUUUUCACGCAUUCCGCGUUACCCGGUGGAAGUACAAACCAGAAGCUGGUUCGUUUCUACUUGCCUCCCUGUGGUGAAGGCAUUCUUCAGGCAAGGAGGUAGCAAUGGCCCUGGCAGACACCAUGCUUCCUUCAUUUGCAACUUUUGCCAGUCAUGAAACAUUGGUGCAGAAACAAACCGAGAUCAUCAAUCAGAGGUGGAAGGUUGACGAGUCCCUCUCCAAGUGUGGCUACCAGAUAAGACCUGUCAACAGCGCUGCCUUUAACUUGCUCGAAGCCCCUUCUAUCAAAAAGGAAGACGACGAAUUGGGGAAGUUCGUGGACUUGGACUUUAUUCUGUCCAACACGAUGGGCUCGGAGGCCAGGAGCUCAGGGGGCCACCAUUCCACCUACCCUCUCCCCGAGACCCCGGAGAGCUGCAGCACCGUGUAUGACAGCGAUGGCCCGUACCCACCGUCCGCCAACUACGGCAGCCAGAGCUUCGCGGGCAGCCCGAACCAGAGCCUGGUGGCCGAGCUCCUCACCCCGGACCUGCCCAGCAGCUUCCCCGGCGCCUGUGAGCUCGGCCAGGAGUUUAGCAUCAAAGCCUCCAUGGAGAGCACCGAGUACACGGAGCUGAGAUCGCCCAGCCUGAGCCACUCGCUGCCCAGAGCCCUGCCAAUGGAUCACGUCCAGCACAUGGCACCGAAGAUCAAGCGGGAGCCUCAGUCCGGCCAGUCCUGCAUGCUGGCCGGCUCUCCCUCGGAAUGCAUGGCGCCAAUGUUGGAGCAGAAGCCCAAUCUGACGGCCACUCGCCACCAGUCGAUGAGCCGCCACGCCUUUGGGCACCAGCGGCUGGUCUCGGGGCCAAUGAUGCCCAGCAAGGAGUGCCAGGCAGCGGGAGAUCUGCAGCGCCGUCCGCACCUCUCAGUGGCCCAGCACUACCAGCUGGCCGCCUACCCGCAGGCACCACACCCGCAGCCCCACUACGGGCAGCCCGGCCCGGGCCACUUCCACGGACAGUUCAACGUCUACCGAGACCCCGUGCAGGGUCACCCGGGCAUGCACGGGAUGAUGCUGACUCCUCCCUCGUCCCCUCUGCUCGACUUCUUCCCGGCGGUGGGGGGUAACCCCGAUGACAGCAAACCCAAGAGGGGUCGCCGGUCCUGGGCGAGGAAACGAACGGCCACCCACAACUGCGAGUUCCCGGGCUGCGGCAAGAUGUACACCAAGAGCUCCCAUCUGAAGGCCCACAUGAGGACUCACACAGGUGAGAAGCCUUAUCACUGCAACUGGGAAGGCUGUGGUUGGAAAUUCGCCCGAUCCGACGAGUUAACUCGCCAUUACCGCAAACACACCGGUCACCGGCCCUUCCAGUGCCAUCUCUGUGAGAGAGCAUUCUCCAGAUCUGACCACCUCGCCUUACACAUGAAGCGCCACAUGUAAACCGCGAGAACCGAAACUCGGACACACUAUUUAUACAGAUCAAAUUAUUUACAAUUUUUUUCAUACUGGGUAAUGACUAAUUUAUGUAUAUAAAGGAUCGUUUUAAAAGAAAAAAAAGCACUAAAUUAUUACUCAGUAUUUAAAGAGAGAGAGAGAGAGAGUGAAAAGCGCACCCUUCUAUGUCUUCCAGAGAGAAACAAAGUAUUACAACUGAAGACGCGAAACUCUGCUGGAGGGGGAUGGGUGGGGGUGCCUUUAUGCAAAAGUAACAGGGCCGGACCCAGUUGUACAUUAAAUGUAUAUAUAGCCUAUAUUGUUUGGGUUAAAGCUGAAUUCACAAGCAAAACUAAAUAAAAGCAAAGUCAUACUUAAAGUCCAAGCUGUAUUGUUGCAAAAUCGCUUGUACAGGAGCUUAUUUGCUUUAGGAAUACUCACUUAACAAGAAACAAGCUAAAUGAAAACACACCUGUUUGUUUGGAAGUGGAGGGCGUUGGUUUUAACUGGCACUAAGGUUUUCAUAAUAAAACAGACCAGGUACUGCCUUGGAGGAAGCUGUUAACCUCUUUUUCUUCCUAUCUUAUUUGUGUUUGUUUAGUUUGCAUGUACAAACAGAACGCAGCAACUCUUUUUUUUAAAAAAGGUAUAUACUUGAAAAAUUUUGUAUCAUAAACACAGUCAGAAAAAAAGUUCUCAAAACGUAAGACUCACUUCAUUGUCUCGACAUAAACUGGAGAGAUCGUGUUCUAUGCAGAUGGUGUUGAAAGAAGUGUUCAAAGUGCAAUAUUAUUUUGUUUCCUUUCCAAUCGGGGUUCUAAUGUUGACACCGAAUUAUCUAAACACUGGAACUAACUGCUGUUUUAUUGAUGGAAGGUUUUCGGUGAUCAAAUUGCAGUGUUUUAAGACUUCGUCACCAAAAACCUCCAAUUCAUUCAUUGUAUUCGUGUUUUGAUUAUAUAUAUAUAAAAAAUGAAUAAAAUGUAAAACACA